UGUACGCACCAUGAUAAGACGAAAAAAAAGAUAUAUAUGGUGACGUCACAGUGUCUCGGUUAUAAUCAAGUGUGAUUGAACAACCUUUGGAUGGAUAAUUUUGCAGAAGACUCAGUAAUUGCAAAAUAAAUUGUAUAACGUAUUUUUAUACAGCUCAAUGGUGAUAAGUCAAAAAUAAUUGCUGCAAGCAGUAAGUUGCUGGCUUAAAUGCGAGUAAGAACGAGGUUAAAAGUUUAGUGAAUCUAAAUACAGUGUUUAACAUGACACAACAAAAUUCAUUUAUCUUAAGCACUCUGGAAAAUGGAAUACAAAAAGUGGUGCUUAAUAAGCCUGCUAAGAAAAAUGCAAUUUCGGGCCCGAUGUAUGAGGAAUUGACGAUACUUUUAAACGAAUCUGCCAAAAAUGAGAAAGUGGUGAUAUUUGCAUUGACAGCAAUGGGAGAUUUUUUUAGUAGCGGUAAUGAUUUAAGCGCUAGUGCGUCAUUAAUUUCUCCUACUGCUAUUGAAGAUGGAAAUAAAAUAGUCAAAGAAUUCAUUGAUGCUUUAAUUUUGUAUCCAAAGCUUUUAGUAGCUGUUGUAAAUGGACCAGCAAUAGGAAUAGCAUCCACAAUAUUGGGAAUUUUUGAUUUAGUUUAUGCUUCAGAUAAGGCAUAUUUCCAAACACCUUUUAGUUCUUUGGGACUUGUUGCUGAAGGAUGUUCUACAUAUACAUUUCCAAGAUUAUUGGGACACACCAAGGCUGGUGAUAUGUUGUAUCUGGGUUAUAAAAUGAGCGCUCAAGAAGCUAAUCAACAUGGUUUAGUUAGCAAAGUUUUCAAUCAUGAUUCGCUUGAAGAAAUAUGGAAUUAUUUGAACCAAGUAUCUAAACUUUCUUCAGAGUCAAUAUUGGCGACUAAGCGAUUAGUGAGCAAAUGGAAUAAGCAGAUUUUAUUGGAAGUUAAUGCGGAAGAAAUAAAAGAGUUGAAAAAACGGUUUGAAUCUCCUGAUCUAAUUGAAAGAUUUCUUAAUUUCUUGUCACGAAAAAACAAGCUUUAAAAUAACAACCAAAAUAAUAUUUUUAUAUCUUUUUGAUAUGAGGAUUAAUUAAUAUUGUUAAUAUGGAAAUAAAUUUUUUUAUAUC